GUCGGAAGUGUCCUUCGCGCGUGCGCACACUGGAAGAAGCCAGAAUCACCAGCAUCAUCACCUUCUGUGACUUAAUUUGCCUUUAAAAAAUGGAUCCACAGACAUUUAUGGACAUCGCGACGAAAGUCACAAAGUUAAAGAUGUAUCCAUAUUUCGAUAUAGCUCAUUACACGCUCAUGUGCAUGUCUGUAAGAGAUGAUUUACCACUGAAUCAACCGGCAGGCACUCAACCAUUUUAUAGGCGACAUCCACUGUCUACAUGGUUGUCAAGCAUGUUGCUAUGUUUCGCAGGAAGUAUAAUAGCCAAUAUAUUACUGGGUGAACCAGCCAUAACACCAUUCAAGGAUCAUAGAAGUGUCCUCACAUCUACUGCAGUAUGGUACCUUGUGUUUUAUUCUCCAUUUGAUGUGGUGUACAAACUGGCUAGGCUACUUCCAUUCAAGAUGGUAAUCUGUGGUUUCAAAGAGGUGCAGAGGGCGAGUAAAAUUUAUGCAGCUGUCAACCACACUGCUAAGCUCUACCCUAAUGCUUAUCUAAUCAUUGUAUUGGUAGGAACUAUAAAAGGAGCUGGUAGUUAUUUGAUGAAGAACUUCGAGAGAUUGAUUCGUGGAGUAUGGAUGCCAGGGUCCAACGAAAUACUUCAACCAUCUUUUGCUACUAAAGCUUGUCUGGUUGCAUCUAUUGUGUUUUUGUUGGAGCGCCUUAACUACAUUCAAGCGCCACAUCCAAUUAUUUAUUUUGGGGUAGUAAUUUUCUUUGUGUACUUCAAGCUGUCAGCUUUACUUCUUGGAAUACACGACCCAUUUGCUCCAUUUGAGAACUUGUUUUGUGCAAUAUUUAUGGGUGGAAUGUGGGACGCUUUGAGACGUGCUGUGGUACGAGAGCAGAAGCCAGCAGAUGCAAGCGACAGGAACGAUAUGCCAAUGAAGAGCAAGGAAGAAAAGAAGAAAGACUAGAAUUCUUUUCCCAUGCUAGAAAUGUUGGAUCGAACAGUUGCAUUUUAAGUUGAUAUCAAAGGAUAUACCAGAGCCAGUGGAAUACAUCAUAUCAUAUUUGCUUAUUCAUUCUGAUGGCAAACAAGUGAUUAAAUUUUUUCCUAGAAUCCUUAAAGAGAAAGUUCUUUUUUUAGUGGAAGAAUGAGUAAGAGAGGAAGAAUUUCUAUUUUUGUACAUGAAUAUUUGAUUAUAGAAGCAAGUUGAUAUCGGAAAGUUUUUGAGUUGUAACCAGUUUUUUUAAUUGCUGACUUUUUUUACCUUCCAUUAUGAAACAGAAAUAAAAUUUGCCCCUGUGUUCAAAAUUAUGUGUUUGUUAUCCUUAUGAGUCCCCUCUGGUUUAACGGGUGGGGACUAGGUUUACCAUCUGUCCAUACAAACACAGAGGUUACACUUGUGUGACUAAGAGAAAAAUAGGUAAUGGUACAUUUUCUUUCAAUCAUGUUGGUUUUUAAAUGAUUAAAAUUCAAAGAAACAUAUUAAUAAUAUUAUACCAAAAAUUCAAAAGCACAAAUCUUGUUAUUUAGUGAAUUUACAUAUCAGAAAUUAAAACGUCGGCAUCAAUUAAUAAGAUUGUCUUAUUACAAAAUAAUUUAAUCAUAUAAAAGCUCCUCAAUUAUUACAAUCUUUACAGGAAAAAUCUAAAAAUAUGAAGUUUGAUAAUUAUCAAGUAAUAGAUUUUGGAAAUUAAAGGGAGGUAAAUACAUAUACAUGUAUAUUGGAAGGAAACAUAUUAAAAAAUUCAUACACUGUAAUCUCCUUUUGUAACAUAUACACUUAUGUUAGAAUUUUGAAUGAGUCAGUGUGACCUUGACCUUUACCUGAGGGUCCAAAACUGCGCUCUGCACAUCAUCUUAGUAAUAUAAAUAUUUCUGCCAUUCAUACUAUGGGUUUGAAAGAAACAGAGUGGACACAAAAUUUUGAAAUUGUUACAUAAUGAUUAGGUGUGACCUUGACCUGAGCAGGGUCAAACCUGCGCUCUGCACAUCAUUCCAAUGUAUGUUAUGGUAAACAAUUUCUUUCCACCGGUUCAAAAGAUACAUACUGGACACAAAAAACUACUAUAUAAGUCUAUAUCAAUCAAUUAAUACCCUGGGCGGCGCCAAUUUGAUCUUAGGAAGUUCGAACUUAUGUUCUGCGCACUGUCUUGAUAUAAGUAAUAUUUCUGCGAAAUAGUUUCAAUUUCUUUCUAUCAGUUCAAAAGAGCGGACACAAAUUAAAUCUUGAUACAAAAUGACUGUGUGUGACCUUGACCUCUACCUGAGAAAGGUCUAAUAUGCGCUCUGCACAUUGUUUAAUUAUGGUUAACAUUUCUGCGAAGUAGUUUCAAUUUUCUUCCACCGGUUCAAAAGAUACAGACCGGACAAGAAAACCUGCAGACGGACAACCAGGUGCAUAACAAUAUACGCCGAAAUUCUUUCAUGCCUAUAAAAAGAUAAAUAGCAUCAAUACCAUUUUGUAAGAACUGAAAAUAUUUUUAUGAAACUUAAAAUAUAUGGAUAGAUGGCAGUCUGAAGAUUAUGCUAGUCUUUUUUAUGCCACCGCAGAAUCUGUGAUGCAGUCGCAUAAAGUGUGUGUGUGCGUGCGUUAUAGAAUAUAUAGUGAACUUAUCAACCAUCCUUGGCAGGAUUGUUCCUUGGGUGAAGGGCUUCCAAAGUUGUUCAAAGCAUUUGAUUCCAUGAAGAAAUCCAGUUGCCAUGACAAACAAGUAAAGUAAUAUCUUAUGCUGAAGCUUAAAAGGCUAGAGCUUAGAUAUUUGGCAUGAAACAUUUGUGAUGAAAAAUUUGUGAACAUGUACAAAGAUUGUUCAAAUUUAGGUCCCUAGGGACAAUAAAUCUCCACCUAAGGUGACCUGCUCUUGUCCUUUAAUGUACAGCUAUGAAAUUUGGACCAAGUUCACAGUUUGAGAUGUAAAACUGAACUUUCAUAUCAGCUGACCUAGAUAUUGCCAGUGACCUACUUUCUUAUCCUUUGAUGUACAGCUGUGAAAUUUCCACCAUGCACACAGUUUUAGAUGUAAAAUCAACUUGCAUUAAUUUUGUUUUGAUCAGGUAAUUGACCUUUUUAUGCCACCGCAGCAUCUGCGAUGCGGUGGCAUAUAGCGAUUCACCUGUGUGUGUGUGUGUGUGUGUUUGUGCGUGUGUUUGUGUGUGUGUUUGUGUGUGUGUUAUAUAGAUUAUAUAGUGAACUUAAAAAAUCUUCUUGUGAAAAACCACUAGUCCAAUUUCAACCAAACUUGGCAGGAUUGUUCCUUGGGUGAAGGGCUUCCAAAGUUGUUCAAAGAAUUUCAUUCCAUGCAGAAAUCUGGUUGCCAUGGCAACCAAAAGGAAUUAUAAGAAUAAAUUUUAAAAAAUCUUGUAAAGACCCAAAAGGCCUAGAACUUAGAUAUUUUGCAUAAGGCAUUGUCUGGUAGACCUCUGACAAGAUUGUUCAAAUUAUAGCCCUUGGGUCAAAAUUGGCCCCGCCCUGGGGGUCAUUGAUUUUCACUAUGUACAUAUAGUAAAAACUUAAAAUACCUUCUUGUAAAAACCCAAAAGGCCUAGAGCUUAGUUAUUUUGCAUAAGGCAUUGUCUGGUAGACCCUUACCAAGAUUGUUCAAAUUAUAGCCCUUGGGUCAAAAUCGGCCCCGCCCCGGGGUCAUUGAUUUUCACUAUAUGUACAUAUAGUAAAAACUUAAAACACCUUCUUGUAAAGACCCAAAAGGCCUAGAGCUUAUAUAUUUUGCAUAAAGCAUUGUCUGGUAGACCUCUACCCAGAUUGUUCAAAUUAUAGCCCUGGGGUCAAAAUCGGCUCCGCCCCGGGGGUCAUUGGUUUUCCUUAUAUGUAUAUAGUAAAAACU